AUGCCUUCUUUUAGCUCUUCCUUUAGCUCUUCCUUCAGCACUUCUUUUAGCUCUUCCUUCAGCACUUCUUUUAGCUCUUCCUUUAGCUCUUCCUUCAGCACUUCUUUUAGCUCUUCCUUUAGCUCUUCCUUCAGCACUUCUUUUAGCUCUUCCUUUAGCUCUUCCUUCAGAACUUCUUUUACCUCUUCCUUUAGCUCUUCCUUCAGCACUUCUUUUAGCUCUUCCUUUAGCUCUUCCUUCAGCACUUCUUUUAGCUCUUCCUUCAGCUCUUCCUUUAGCUCUUCCUUCCCUUCUUCUUUUAGCUCUUCUUUUAGCUCUUUUUUCAGCUCUUCCUUUAGCUCUUCCUUUCCCUCUUCUUUUAGCUCUUCUUUUAGCUCUUCCUUCAGCUCUUCCUUCAGCUCUACUUUUAGCUUCUCCUUCAGCUCUUCCUUCAGCUCUUCCUUCAGCUCUACUUUUAGCUUUUCCUUCAGCUCUUCCUUCAGCUCUUUCUUUAGUUCUUCCUUUAGCUUUUCUUUUAGCUCUUCCUUCAGCUCUUCUUUUAGCUCUUUCUUUAGCUCUCCUUUUAGCUCUUCCUUCAGCUCUUCCUUUAGCUCUUUUUUUUAG